UUUGGUGGAUGCACACUAUAUUAUCGCUAGCUGGCUUCGUGUGUACUACGAUUUACUACUGAUCUUAUUUCUCUCGUAAUAUUCAACUCGUUCUCCGUUUUGUCUUGGAGACUUUCAGUGAUUCAACAUGCCUGAAGUGGAGUGUUCCUCGCAAUUCUUGCAGUUACCGGAAAAAUGUCCAGGCGAUUUCAACAAGCCCAGCCCACUGGCUCUUCUUGCUGCGACGUGUAACAAGAUCGGCGGGCCCGACCCUUGCGUUUCCAAGCCCGCUGUGCCGGUCCAGCAGACGGCACCCCGACCGCUGCUCCAGGCCGAGAGAGUCCCGGGUUAUUACCACCAGGCACACCCGUCACCUCCGGUCCUCGGCUCUACGGUCAUCCCAUCACCCCGUCACGGUCUCAUCCCAACACAACCAGCGAGGUGUGAACUUCCCCCUACCCCACCAGCCGAGCCGUUUCCGGGCUGUAUGCCGACUGUGCUACCGCACUACCCGGCAGGUGCAACGACAGUCUGUCCCCACUCAGUCGCCGCAGCUGCAGCCUACUUCAACGCUUUUCACCCGCCAGCUUCAACGUGCCACAUGGCAUUGCCACAGUUUUCUGCUGGACUAACUACAAGUCAUUGCCACGGACUAGAACAAUUAUCGUAUCUCCCAACCCCGGGGAUGCUAUCACCGCCACAUCAUGCUCUUCAUGUUCCUCUGUCAGUUCAACCAGCCACCGAGGAGAUUCCAUGGUGGAGUGUUUCAAGCCCUAGUCACCCGGUGCCCUCAUCGCCUCUGACACCCCCAUCUCCCGGACUAUGCAACUAUGCCGGCCCAAUUUAUCACCAACACUCUAGCGGCUAUUCUCCUUACCAAUACACCGGACUCUUUGAACAUAAGUCAUCCCUUGCAAAGCUUACAGCCAGACGAUGCCGAAGAUGCAGGUGUCCCAACUGUCAGAACGCCAGUAACUCCGGGGAGAGAACCAAGAGAAAGGAACACAUCUGCCACAUCCCGGGGUGUGGUAAGGUGUACGGCAAGACAUCACAUCUGAAAGCUCAUCUCCGGUGGCACUCGGGGGAACGACCCUUCGUCUGUAACUGGCUUUUCUGCGGGAAGAGUUUCACCCGGUCAGACGAGCUGCAGAGGCAUCUCCGUACACACACUGGGGAGAAGCGCUUCAUCUGCCCGGACUGUGGAAAGCGUUUCAUGAGGAGUGACCACCUUGCCAAACAUCUUAAGACCCAUUCCUUGAAGAAGACAGAGAACUCUAAACUCAUUGAUGAAGAGGACGAAGAUCUUCAAGAUGAGAUCUUGGAUGUAACUUCAUGAACUUGGAACAAUAACUAGAAAGGCUGAAUUUGUUGACAAUCUAAAGGAUGUUGCAUUGUAUUGUUGCAGAAUAAGUUUAUUUGAAUUCAACUCAGUUUUUGUUUGUUGCCAAAUCAUAUUUCAUUGCCAAAACUAUUAAUCUUUGAAGCUAUAUGCUACCCAGUUGAUUCAUUCUACAAACAGUUGCUUUAUUGUCAUGUUCGGGAGAAUUUGUUUGUUAAAAGGUUUAAGAAUAAUGCACUGUUUAUAAAACGAAAUGAUUUUUUUACAUUCUUCAAGAAAAAAAAAGUAUUCGCAAUUUCAAUUUUCUGGACUAUGUGUCACACACAAGAUUUUCAAACGUUUUUAAAAAAAUCAAAUGCAAUGAGUUCUUAUGUUUAUAUUGUUAAUUUUCCUGUAGAAUAUUUUGA